UGUUUCAAAUUUUAGUCCCUCUCCUCACAAAAACAAUUUCGCCAUUUUUGUAUUCACAAUCUCUUCCCUAUUCUCUCUGCUCCGAUUAACCUGAAGCUUCUCUCUCCGACGAACAAAUGGACGGGCAGGAUGCAGAUAAUACAAAACAAAGCACCGCUGAUAUGACUGUAUUUGUACAGAAUCUGCUUCAACAAAUGCAAACCAGGUUUCAGACUAUGUCUGAUUCAAUCAUCUCAAAAAUAGAUGAUAUGGGGAACCGAAUUGAUGAAUUGGAGCAGAGCAUCAAUGAUUUGAGAAUUGAAAUGGGCCAAGAAGGUUCUUCAUCACCUUCGGCCGCAGUGAAGUCAAAAGAUGACACAAAAUCUGCUGAUGAUUCUGCCUAAGAUGAUGCAUCGAGGUGGUUUAUGUGGUGUUUGUUACGAUUGUUUAGCUUUAAAAAAGAGUGUUAUCCUUUUCUGGUUGUGUGUUGGUCAUCGAUGCGAUUAUCAAUUUAACGUUUUAGAUAUGAAUCAUAUGAGACAUUAAAGGGUGUGUAACAAAGGGUUAUUUUUCUGAGAUUUUAGAAAU